UUCUGGGUAGACAGUUGCGUAAGAAAAUCCAGUCGUGAGUCCAGCGGUUCGAGUUGAAUGUUUAUCCUUUCACAGCUCGCGUCAUGGUUGGCGUUUCCUCUGUAAUCCACAAGACAACAACGAUCUGUAACAUCAUCAUCACCUUAUAACCCUUUCGACAAACGAUUCAAUUCCACUUCAAUCUCUGUUUCGCAUCUUCCACUCCUCCCUAAUUCCCCAAAACCUAUCUCCGAUUCCCCGACGGAAAAUGAGCUGGUGGUGGGCCGGAGCAAUCGGCGCUGCUAAGAAGAAAUUUGAAGAAGAUGAACAACCGAGGAGCUUUGAGAGCGUAGCAUUGGUGAUCGGCGUUACAGGCAUCGUCGGCAACAGCCUUGCCGAGAUUCUCCCUCUUUCCGACACCCCCGGCGGUCCGUGGAAGGUGUACGGCGUCGCUCGGAGGCCGAGGCCAAACUGGAACGCCGACCAUCCCAUCGAAUACAUUCAAUGCGAUGUCUCCGAUCUGGAAGACGCCGAAGCCAAACUCUCGAAGCUCACUGAUGUGACUCAUGUGUUCUAUGUCACAUGGACCAAUCUACCCACAGAGAUCGAGAACUGUGAGGUCAACGGAAAAAUGCUUCGCAACGUGUUGCGAUCGGUGAUUCCGAACGCGCCAAAUCUCCGCCAUAUCUGCCUUCAAACAGGUACGAAGCACUACAUCGGAUCGUUCGAGAACAUCAUCGAUAAUCCGACGCAGCGGCACGAUCCGCCGUUCACGGAGGAUAUGCCUCGAUUGGAUACCCCAAAUUUCUAUUACACUCAAGAAGAUUUGUUGUUCGAAGAGAUCGAAAAGAGUCAGAAAAAGGAUCUGACAUGGGCGGUGAUCCGACCCAACACGAUCUUCGGGUUUUCCCCUUUCAGCUUGAUGAACAUCGUCGGAACCCUAUGCACCUACGCCGCCAUAUGCAAGCACGAGGGACGUCCGUUGAAAUUCCCCGGCACGAAAUCAGCUUGGGAGGGUUACUCAGUGGUCUCCGACGCAGAUCUGAUAGCGGAGCAGCACAUAUGGACGGCGGUAGAUCCAUACGCAAAGAACGAGGCGUUUAACUGCAGCAAUGGCGAUGUAUUCAAGUGGAAACACUUCUGGAAGGUUUUGGCGGAGCAGUUCAACAUCGAGGAUUAUGGGUUCGAAGAGGGUGAGAGAUUGCCGCUGCGAGAGUUGAUGAAGGGGAAGAAUGAAGUCUGGGAAGAAAUUGUGAAGGAGAAUCAGUUGCAACCAACAAAAUUGGAGGAUGUUGCUAAUUGGUGGCAUACAGAUAUAGCUCUGAGCGCUUCUGGUAACAUAGAUAGUAUGAACAAGAGCAAGGAGCAUGGAUUCUUGGGCUUCAGAAACUCCAAGAACUCCUUCAUUUCUUGGAUCGACAAGGUUAAGGCUUUCAAGAUCGUGCCCUGAUUUGGCGAGUAAUGUCCAUAAUUAUCAAUCUUCUCGUACUGAUUUUCAUUUCUGGAAUCUGUUUGGUUUGGGUUGCUCUGGUUUUACAAUAAAUGUUGGCUUGUUUAUAUAGUUUCUUGGUAUCUUAGUGACGAGUUCUUCGUGAUUCAUAGUGUUCCAGCUAGGGAAUGAUUUCAGUUUGUUUUAUGCUUUUCACUCAAUGAAGUAAUAAUCUUUUAGAAUGUUGUUA